GCAGUUCCGUCUCCUGAUCUUCUGAACAAAGCCGCAGAGUAAUAGUGGGGAAGAUCUGGGAAAAUGGCCUGCUCAAGUGAGAUCCAAGCAGCGUUUAUUCUCUCUUCCUUUGUGACCUUCUUCCUUGGACUCCUCAUCUUACUCAUUUGCAGACUAAUCUGGAGAACCAUUAAAAAAUGGCAAAACAUCAAGGGCACAGGAAUUCUCUUGGAACUACUCUUGACAAAGAGCAUCGGUAGUAAACAUUUAAAAAGUCUCCACUUCCAAGGAGUAUUUCGUAAUCGUAUAGAAAUGCUGCUUUCAGCACAGACCUUUGUGGGUCAAGUGUUGGUGAUCCUUGUAUUUGUACUAAGCAUUGGGUCUCUAAUAAUCUAUUUCAUCAACUCUUCUGACCCUGUUGGAAGCUGUUCUUCAUAUGAAGACAAAACCAUCCCUGUUGAUUUGACUUUCAAUGUGUUCUUUAGUUUCUAUUUUGGGUUGAGAUUUGUGGCAGCCGAUGACAAGAUCAAGUUCUGGUUGGAGAUGAAUUCAAUUGUAGACAUCUUUACCAUUCCACCAACCUUUAUUUCUUAUUAUUUGAAGAGUAAUUGGCUAGGUUUACGGUUCUUAAGAGCUUUGCGGCUGCUAGAACUCCCUCAAAUCCUGCAAAUUCUCCGAGCCAUCAGAACCAGCAAUGCAGUGAAGUUUUCCAAACUGUUAUCAAUAGUCCUCAGUACCUGGUUCACUGCUGCAGGUUUCAUUCAUCUGGUGGAAAAUUCUGGUGAUCCCUGGCUCAAAGGUAGAAAUUCACAGAAUAUAUCAUAUUUUGAGUCUAUUUACCUGGUCAUGGCAACAACGUCAACUGUUGGCUUUGGAGAUGUGGUAGCCAAGACAUCCCUAGGACGGACCUUCAUCAUGUUUUUCACUCUGGGGAGUUUGAUCCUAUUUGCAAAUUAUAUCCCUGAAAUGGUGGAACUUUUUGCUAACAAGAGGAAAUAUACCAGUUCCUAUGAAGUAGUCAAAGGGAAGAAGUUCAUUGUGGUCUGUGGAAACAUUACAGUUGACAGCGUGACUGCAUUCCUGAGGAAUUUUCUCCGCCAUAAGUCAGGGGAAAUCAACAUCGAGAUUGUUUUUCUGGGAGAGGUCCCUCCUUCCUUGGAAUUAGAAACCAUAUUUAAGUGCAACAUGGCCUAUACAACUUUUAUUUCUGGAUCUGCACUUAAGUGGGAUGAUCUGAGGCGGGUUGCGGUGGAAUCUGCAGAAGCAUGCCUGAUUAUAGCCAACCCUUUGUGCAGUGAUUCCCAUGCUGAAGACACUUCAAACAUUAUGAGGGUUCUCUCUAUCAAGAACUAUAACCCUAAUACCAGAAUCAUCAUACAGAUACUUCAAUCCCAUAACAAG